AUAAUUAAUUAAAUAUCUUUUUAAUUUUAUAUGUUAAUAUAUUUAUAUAUAUAUACAUAUUAGAAAUAUAUUUUUAUAUAUAUUUAUAUAUAUUAGAAAUAUAUUCAGUAAAUAGCAUACUCAUAUUACUUUACCAAUCAUCCUAUUGAAUAGUUUCACAAAAACGUACAUCUUCUGCAGCAUAUUGUUUCUGCAGCAUACUGCUACUGCUUUAUCAUCUUCUCUGUCAAUCAAAGCCUUAGUCGAAUAUGUUUUCAAAGCUAUCGGUUUGUUUAUACAUGUGGCAGAAACUAUAAUCUAUGGAUUGAUCAUGAUUGAAUCUUUGAUAAUCUAGAUAAUAUUGUUACCAAAUAUUUAUAAAGUAUUUGAAAAUAUUUUUUAUUUUCUUUUCUACCUUAAAAGUGUUUUUUUAUGUUAUAUUUCUCUAUUAUUUGGUUUUUAUUUAAUUUAUGUAAAUAACUAUCAUAUAUGUAAAUAUCUUAAUAUAUGCAUUACAAUGAUUUACACAACAGUCCACGAGUAGCGAAGGCAAUCUAUCAACACCAACUAGCCACUAGAGUGAAAUAGCCUUCUUAUAGGUAUGUUGCACCAAAGACCUAACCAGAGACGGAAAAGGGAGAAAUAUGCCACUGAAGAACCACACAAACCUCGACUAAUCCAUCAUAACUCCAUAAAAACCCAUGAAAAAAAAACAAAGGAGAAAAGGAAUCCUCGUCGAAGACCCAGAAUGGGUCCUCAGCGAACUAGAUUUGUUGAAAAAGAGCCAAUUUUUUUUUUUUUUCGCCUCUCAAAGGCCAACAAGUUAAACCACAAAUGUAUGCACUGUUUUAUACUUUUUUGUAUUUUAUUGUUAGCUUAUACUAAUAACUUAUCAUUAUUUUAUCUAAGGUUAUGAAUGUUUCAGCUGCUUAACACUAAACGCACUCAAAUUUUACUUUAUGUUACCAUUCAUUCCAUUUCACACACAAAAUACUGAGUGGUUUCAAAUUUAAAAAUGAAAGAAAAAUAUAAAAUAAGAUGUAUAAGUUGUCUUUGGCAAUGUUAGGUGAUCUCAAUGAGGUCCUAAACAACGAUGAAAAGAUUGGAGGAUCAAGACGAAGUGAUAUGGGUCUAUCUUACGGUCCAUUUGAAUACCCGGAGGGAGGGUCCGGCUGCACCACCCUUUUGGGGAUUAGUCUGGACUCGUUCAUGGGUCUGGGAUAUCCCCAAAGUUAAAAAAAAAAAAAAAGACGAAGUGAUAUGAUUCUUUCAAGGCGACAAAGUGAUAAUUAUUUCAGAGUCUUCUCAGAAAUAUUGGAGGUGUGUGAGAUAGUGGAACAGAGACUUAUGAGAUGAAGGUCAGCCAUCAAGGCAUAGUUACUAAGACAUGCUCAAAGUGAAUGUCAUGCAUGGUUUGAUGCAAACAAAAAGAACUCAGAAGAUGCUCAUCCACAAUACCAGACACAUGAUACAUAAGUCUUAUGCUUGCAGCGUAUUUUUUUGGGUAGAUGGAUUGUUGACUUCGAAUUCACUGUUUAGUAGAUAUGGUUGGUCAGUUGGGAAUGAAAAACUCUUAGGUUUGAGAAAUAAAGGGAGAUGCUUGUCAUCUUUGCAUUCAGAAUUGGAUGCAUUCAUUUGGUCUAUGGAGAAUGUGCUUCAACACAUAACAUGUCAGUAUUUUUGAAUGGACUUCAAAGAUGUCAUUUCAAUAAUUCAAAAUCCGACAACAUGGCCAAGUUUUUCAACAAAAUUGGCUAGAGAUAGCAUUUCUACGAGGACGAUUCCAAGAUUUCAAGAUCACUCACAUACAAAGAGAGAAAACCGGAUAUCAUACACUUUAGCCAAAAUCAAACGUGUUUUUCAUUGAAGUUUAGUUUUAGUUUUUUUAUUUUAUUUCCGUCUAAAUUCUCAUACCACAUAUACCAUGAAUAAUAUAAUAGAUUUUUGAUGUAAAAAAUACAAAACUCAAUAGUUUUUUAAUCAUUGGUUAUGCUUUGUCAGAAUUGGCGGAAAUAGUAUCUCUACCAAGAUUGUAUGUGUUUUUCAUAGAAGUUCAAUUUUUGUUGAUCGUUCCGAUUCUCAUAUCACUUUUACCUUGAGUAAUAUAAUAUAUUUUUUAUGUCAGAUAUAAAAACUCCAUACACACACUCCUUAGAAAACAGUAUGUUAUACUUGACUCGAGAGAUCAUGUCCAUCUAUUGGAAAACUUUGUUAGUAAGAGAGUCAUAUAUAUAUGUAAUGUUGUAUUCCGGUAAUGAGUGCCAAUCGAGUCAAGAAUUAAGGCGAAGACUGUUGAAUUUGCUGCGCCACCCAACCUAACCCUACCCCACCGGUCCGACGAGUUAGCCACCGACACAUAAAUUAGGACGGUUCAUUUUUACAUUUUUCUGAAAAAGAUACUCGUAAUUGUUAAGUGUGUACGUGAUUCGUUCUAAAUUGAUUAAACGUCAACACUCAUCACACGUUAGUAAUUUUUGAAACAGUAGUACAGUAGAUUCUUACUAACAAAAUACAGCAUGAAUACUUUUACAAACAACUGUUCGCGUUUUUUCCAUCAUCUCCUUAACUCCAGGAUUCCCAGCCAGGAUCCAUGUCCCUUUCGUUUAUCUAUAUCCAUUCGUUUAUUAUCUUCCUAAUCAAUUUAUUCGCAUAUCUGUCUAUAGUUAGGUGAACAAUUAAAUGAUGCUAUCAAGUUGUAAAGCUAUAAGUAGAGGUACAAAAAUUGUAAAACUUGAUUAGGCUGGGUAUUCGAUUUAAUCUGAAAAAACUCUGGAUAUUUAUAUCAUUAUGAAUCACAAAAUACUACUAUCCAAUAUUUUUAAAAGAAGCAAAUUGCAAAAAAAAAAAACUCAUACAAAAAAAAGAUAUUUAAUAUAUGAUUACCUAAAAUAUAAAAAUAUAGAUUUUAUUAUAUGGUUUGAGUUUGGAUUUAUAGAUUAAAUUUUAGGGUUAGCAUUUAAGGGUGGGAUGAGAUUAAAAUUUACAAUUUAGAGUAAUUUAGUUUUUUUUUUGGUUAAAUGAGUGCUAUUUAUAUUUUUCAUCAUUUUAACGUUAUUCUGAUUAACUUUAAAAGCUGAUACUUUAGAGAUUUUUCCAAUCACAAAUAUUAAAUUUUCAAAAAAAUCCACUAUGAUAUAUAUAUAUAUAUAUAUAUAUAUAUAAUAUAAUAUAUAUAUAUAAUAUAUAUAAUAUAGUUAUUUAUAUGUGUAAGUUUUAUGAUAUAUUUUUAUUAAAUUAAUUAUUUGCUACUAAAUUUCAAUAAAACUUAUUUUUAUUUGGUGUUGACAUAUUGUUAUUUUUAAUCAUAUAAAUAUAGUUUUUUACAAAAUCAACUAUCUGUUUAAAAUAUGAGUUCUCGGAAUCAUACUUCCUAUGUCUAAGCAGCUCGGCAUGUGUUGUGGAUAAAGAAUAAAAAGGAAUUUUAUAAAUAUUUUGUCGAGCCCUAGAUUACAUUAUUCAAACAGAACAAAAGCAAAAAAAAAAAAAAAAAAAUCAAAGAAAUGCUUUCCCACACAAAAAUCAUACUGUUUCAAUACGUCCUCGUUUCAUAUUCUUUCUUCACAUUCACCUACUCGUCUUCUUCCUCCCCGUCCCCGGAGCCAAGAACAGCCGUGUCCGGUCUCUUCUGCGGCGUAAGCAACAGCUCCUCCACUGAUCCAAACUACAUCCCAACUUUCGUCGAUGAUAUGCAAUCACUCUCCUCGAAACUAACUACACGCCAUUUCGCAACGCAGUCCAUAAACUCCCUGUCGUCUAACUCUGAAACCCAAACGACGUCGGUUUACGCACUUGUCCAGUGCCACAACGAUCUCUCACCGUCCGAUUGCCAGCUCUGCUACGCGAUUGCACGCACGCGCAUCCCUCGUUGUCUCCCUUCCUCCUCCGCGCGGAUCUUCCUCGACGGCUGUUUCCUCCGCUACGACACUUACGAGUUUUACGGCGAGUCGAUAUCCGCCGCCUCGGACAGAUAUUCAUGCAGCAACGACACCGUUUUGGAUCCCCAGUUUGGAAUCCGCGUUUCCGAAAUGGCGGUGAGAGCCGCUGUUAAACACGGGGGUUUCGGAGUCGCCGGGGAGAGUGGGGUACACGCGCUUGCUCAGUGCUGGGAGAGCGUGGGGAAAGAAGGUUGUAGGGAUUGUUUGGAGAAAGCUAUUGGACAAGUAAAACGGUGCGUUUCGAGGAGAGAAGGGAGAGCUAUGAAUAGUGGGUGUUAUCUUAGAUACUCUGAUCAUAAAUUCUAUAAUGGUCAUGGACAUAGUGUACUUCAUGGGCUUUAUAACAAAGGAGUCGUCGUGGCUAUUGUCUUGACCAUGUCAGCAAUCGUUAUGCUCAUUCUACUGGCAACGUAUGUUAUUAUUGUCAAAGUAUCAAAGAAGAAACAAGAACAAAGAAAUCUUGGGUUGGUUUCAAGAAGAUUCAAGAACUCAAAGACUAAGUUUAAGUACGAGACUUUAGAGAAGGCAACUGAUUACUUCAGCACCAAGAAAAAACUAGGGGAAGGAGGAAACGGUACCGUAUUCUUAGGAAUCCUCCCAAAUGGCAAGAGCGUGGCAGUGAAGAGACUAGUGUUUAACACAAGAGAAUGGGUAGAAGAAUUCUUCAACGAAGUGAAUCUGAUAAGUGGAAUCCAACAUAAAAACCUAGUCAAGCUUCUUGGCUGUAGCAUUGAAGGACCCGAGAGUCUCUUGGUCUACGAGUACGUCCCUAACAAAAGCCUAGACAACUUUCUCUUUGAUGAGAGUAAAAUCAAGAGUUUAAACUGGAACCAGAGGCUAAACAUAAUCCUUGGAACAGCGGAAGGAUUGGCUUACCUACACGGCUCCCCGGUUAGGAUUAUUCACCGUGACAUUAAAACAAGCAAUGUUCUUCUAGACGACCAACUCAAUCCCAAAGUGGCUGAUUUUGGUUUGGCUCGAUGUCUCGGUACGGAUAAAACUCAUCUUAGCACCGGCAUCGCAGGAACCCUAGGUUACAUGGCUCCAGAGUAUGUUGUUAGAGGACAAUUAACGGAGAAAGCUGAUGUUUAUAGCUACGGAGUUCUCGUUCUCGAGAUCGCUUGUGGAACAAGAAACAACGUUUUCGUGCCAGGAGCUGGUCAUCUCUUACAUAGAGUCUGGAACCUCUACAGACUGAACAGAUUGGUAGAAGCCCUAGACCCAUGUCUGAACGACGAGAAGUUGCUUCAAGUACAAGGCAGCCAAGCUGAAGUUUGUAAAGUUCUUAGUGUGGGAUUGUUAUGCGCACAAGCUUCUCCAUCGCUGAGACCAUCGAUGGAAGAAGUCAUCAGUAUGUUAACGGAGAGAGAUUAUCCGAUUCCAUCUCCAACCAAUCCUCCUUUCUUAAGAAUUAGCUCUUUGGCUACAGAGGGCAGUAGUACUGCAUCUUGCAGCUCCAAUAGUACUACAAUGGUCAAAACCGAUCUAGCUUCGUAUACCUCUUCAGAAUCUUUUGCAACUCGUCUUGUUUCGUAGAAGUUUCACCGUUUUCUUGAGGUCCGAGGUCUAUCUAUGUAAAUUUCAUCCAGAACUAAUGUUGCAUAUGAGUGCAUUAAGGAAGAAAGUAAUGUUUUCAUAUCUGACCUUCACAUUGAACCAUAUUACUCUUCGUCACCGGAUCAUAUGAUCGACCGUGAUUGAACCACAUGUCAAUAGAUUAAUAAAUUGUAAUAUAUAGUUAUAUAUGAACAUAAUAUUAUUAAUCAUUGUAAUAUAAAAUUAUUUCAAGUAUAA